AUGGAUGAUCAAUCAUUUACUUGGUUUACUCCAGCACAAUUAAAAGAAAAGGUUCAAAACCAAGAUUUUCGUGAAAAUUUACUAAAAUAUUUAGAAGAUGUUGUAAAAGAAGAUUUAGAUCCAUUUCGAGAUGAAAGCGACGAUGGAACCAGUACAGCAAGCGAUAACAGUGCAUCAAUUCGUGAAGAAACUUUAGAAGUACAAGAUGAUGAAACGCAUAUUGAAAUAGUAACUACUGGAAUACCAACAAGUCUAUUCUAA